ACAUACUAUCUGGCACUGAAUUCAAGCUGGGCUAAGAUGGCGGGCGGCGGAGUGAGCGUUUGCUGGGGCUUAAUCCUGCUGCACGUCCUACUGUCCUUGGCCACAGCUCGACGACCCUACUUCAGCACGCAGACUUUGCACAUCAGUCAGGGACUGACCACCGACCCGCAAGAUCACGGGGUUUUGACCGUGGCGGCUGAUUUCACCGAGGAAGGGCCGGCGACGAUACUCCAGAGGAGUCAACAUCGGUGGCGCAGGAGCAUUGACACCAAGCAACAGCUGGAGGUUCUGGGACAGGUGAACCUCAAUGAUUCACACUCUCAGAUGGUUGUUCACUGGGCUGGAGAGAAGAGCAAAGUGAUUGUGGCACUUGCCCGAGAUAGUCCAUAUUUGCAGGGACCUCACACAAGUUCAGUGUACAUUUCAUAUGACUAUGGGAAGACCUUCAAGAAAAUCAAUGAGAAGUUCAAACUGGAAGAUGAAACAAAAACACAAAAAUGUAUUGCUCAGUUUUACCACAGCCCAAUAGAUAACAAACGGUUUCUUUUUGCAGACACCAAAAAUCAUUGCUUGUGGAUCACUUUGAACUUCUGCUCUUCAAUCCAGCACGUUCCUAUUCCUUUCAGUCCAACAGAUCUUCUCCUGCACAGCACAAAUCCCAGUCUUGUUCUUGGUUAUGAUAGCUCUCAUCCAAACAAACAGCUUUGGAAAUCUGAUGACUUUGGACAAACAUGGAUCUUGAUUCAGGAGCAUGUGAAAUCGUUCCACUGGGGUGUAGAACCAUACGACUCUUCUACUACAAUUUAUGUUGAGCGCCAUGAGCCAACAGGUUCCUCUAGCAUCAUCAAAAGCACAGAUCUCUUUCAGACUCAAAACCAUGAGAUUAUUUUGGAAGGAGUAGAUGACUUUCAGUUGCAAGGCAAAUACAUGUUUGCCACAAAAAAAGUGCAUCUUCUAGGGAGCAGUGACCCAUCUGUGGUGCAGUUGUGGGUUUCAAGUGAUCGGAAACCAAUGAAACGAGCUAAUUUCCUCACAAAGCAUCGAAUAACAGAGUAUUAUGUGGCUGAUGCAUCGGAAGAGCAAGUGUUUGUUUGUGUCAAUGUUAACAGUAAUGUGACCAAUCUCUACAUCUCUGAAGCAGAGGGCCUAAAAUUUUCUCUGUCUCUGGAAAAUGUACUGUAUUAUCGUCCAGGAGGUGCAGGAAGUACAACUCUUGUGAGGUACUUUGCAAAUGAACCAUUCGCAGAUAUUCAUCGUGUAGAAGGACUGCGCGGAGUCUAUAUUGCUACACAGACGAAUGGGUCUUACACUGAAGAGAACAUGAGAUCAGUGAUUACAUUUGAUAAGGGUGGAACCUGGGAACUAUUGGAGGCACCUGCUUUUAACAGUGACGGUGAACGAAUAGACUGUAAGAUUGAGCGCGGUUGCUCACUCCAUCUGGUACAGCAGUAUAGUCUGUUGUUGAAUUUUCAACGUCGUGGAGUCCCUAUUCUUUCCAAAGAAUCGGCACCAGGCCUUAUCAUUGCUACAGGUUCCACUGGCAAGAAUUUGGCAAACAAACCAAAUGUAUAUGUUUCAAGUAGUGCUGGGGCUCGGUGGCGUGAGGCCCUCAAGGGUCCUCACUUUUAUUCUUGGGCUGAUCACGGAGGCAUCCUGUUGGCAAUUGCUGAGGGAUCACGGACUAAUCAAGUGAAGUAUAGUACCAAUGAGGGAGAGACAUGGAAGACCUUCAACUUCACUAAAGCAGAUAUUGUUGUAUAUGGAUUGCUUACUGAGCCAGGAGAAAAAAGUACCAUUUUCACAAUUUUUGGAUCAUUUGCAGAUCAGUCCCACAGUUGGCUAAUAAUUCAGAUUAACACAACAGCAGCAUUGGGAGUACCUUGUUCUCAGACAGAUUAUAAAUUGUGGUCUCCAUCCGAUGAGCGUGGGAAUGAGUGCUUGCUUGGUCGAAAGAUUGUUUUCAAGCGAAGAGCCCCACAUGCAACCUGCUUUAAUGGAGAAGACUUCGACAGGCCAAUUACAGUCAGCAACUGUUCUUGUACAAGGGAUGACUAUGAAUGUGACUUUGGCUUCAAACUCAGCGAUGAUUUGGCUUCAGAGGUCUGUAUCCUUGAUCCUGACUUCAGGGGUACUAUGUCUGCUGUUCCUGUACCUUGUCCUGUAGGCACCACGUACAAAAGAACAAAGGGUUACCGUAAAAUCUCAGGUGAUACCUGUCGUGGAGGCGAUGUUGAAGCUCGUUUAGAAGGGGAAAUGCUGCCUUGUCCUGUGAAAGAGGAAAAUGAGUUUAUACUUUAUGCUCUGAGGAGCUCCAUUCAUCGCUAUGAUCUCUCCAGUGGUACAGAUGAGGCACUGCCACUUCAGAACCUGCGAGGCACUGUUGCUUUGGAUUUUGAUUAUGAGAGCAACUGCUUAUAUUGGGCAGAUAUUUCACAGCAUGUUAUUCAGCGCUUAUGCUUAAAUGGGAACACUACCCAGAAUAUAAUUAUCAAGAAUGGCUUGAAGACAGUGGAAGCUCUAGCCUUUGACUCCAUUAGUCGGCUUCUUUACUGGAUAGAUGCUGGAGCAAGGAAGCUCGAGGUUUCAAACCCUGAUGGAGACCUCCGUCUUACUCUCUUGAAUUCCACUAUAUUGGAACGUCCAAGAGCUCUUGUAUUAGUUCCUGCUGAUGGUCUAAUGUUUUGGACAGACUGGGGUGAAGAUGCGGUUGGAAUUUACAAAAGUGAGAUGGAUGCAUCACAAGUCACUCGGAUAAUUUCUGAUGGUAUUAAAUGGCCGAAUGGAAUUACUGUGGAUGGAUCAUGGAUUUACUGGACUGAAGCUUAUGCUGAUCGUAUUGAAAGAGCAGAUUUAAAUGGCGGUCAGAGAUCUGUGCUGAUACAGAACCUUCCUCAUCCAUAUGCUAUUAGUGUCUUUAAGGAUCAAAUCUACUGGGAUGAUUGGUCACAGCUGAGCAUCUUUAGAGCAUAUAAGCGUGAUGGCUCGAGUGUGGAAACCCUAGUUACUGGCUUAACUGGCGUAAUGGAUAUGAAAGUGUUUUACAAAAGCAAAGUGACAGGGAGCAAUGCAUGUGUACAUCACACCUGCAGUUUGCUUUGUCUUCCUAAACCUAAUGGGAAAAGAUGUGCUUGUCCUGAUGGAGUGAAGAGCCUGUCUUUGCCAUCUGGGAAAAUGGGAUGUGAGUGUCCACAUGGCUAUGUUCGCAAUAGUACCACAUGUGUGCGACAAGAGCAUAGUUGUCUGCCGAACCAGUAUGCAUGUUCCAAUGGGAAAUGUAUCAGCAGCAUUUGGAAGUGCGAUAAUGAUGACGACUGUGGUGACUAUAGUGAUGAAAAGAAUUGCCCCACGGGUGCUUGUGAUCCCAGCUCUCAGUUUAAGUGUCGAUCUUCAGGGAUGUGCAUUCCAGCGGCGUACAUGUGCGAUCAUGAAGAUGACUGUGGGGAUAGUAGUGAUGAGGAGCAGUGCACAUUGAACAGUUGUAAGAGUGAUGAGUUUACUUGUGCCAAUGGUUUUUGUAUUCGGCAUUCUUGGAUGUGUGAUGGGGACAAUGACUGCCGAGAUUGGUCAGAUGAAGCAAACUGCACUGCAAAUAAACACACCUGUGAUGCUAGCGACUUUACUUGCAAAAAUGGUAACUGCAUCCAGCUUGGUUGGCUGUGUGAUGGAGAUGAUGACUGCUUUGAUGGGACAGAUGAAGGAGAUGAUAUCUGUGUUAAGGCUGGUUGUAAAGGAUUUAAGUGCAACAAUGGUACAUGUAUUGGAAUGACAAAACGUUGCAAUGGCGUGCCAGACUGUUCGGACAAAUCAGAUGAGCAAAACUGCAGCCCAUUGUGCUCCCCGUACUUUGAAUUCACCUGUAAGGAUGGACACCAGUGCUUGCAGAAAAUGAUGAUCUGUGAUGGAAUCCGACAAUGUGACGAUGGUUCAGAUGAGGAUGCAGAUUAUGCUCAUUGUACCCAGACAGAUGAGUUCAGUCGAACCUGUGAGCCCUUCAGUUUCAAAUGCUCGAAUGGAGUAUGCAUUAGCAUGGAGUGGAAGUGUGAUGGGGUGGAUGACUGUGGAGACUACUCAGAUGAAGCAAAUUGUAGAUAUCCUACUGAGGCACCUUCUUGUAUGAAGUAUUUUCAGUUCAGUUGCCGGAAUGGAAAAUGUAUACCGAUGUGGUGGAAAUGUGAUGGGGAGAAUGACUGUGGAGACUGGUCUGAUGAAGAUGGCUGCCCUGGUUCAAUUCCUGUUCCACACACUACUGAAGUUCCUUUGAGUUGUGGCCCCAACCAUUUCAGAUGCAAUUCUGGGGGAUGCAUUGUAAACCAUUGGGUAUGUGAUGAUUACGAAGAUUGUGGAGAUGGUUCUGAUGAGGAAGGUUGCCCAUCUAUUUCAGCAAACAGAACAACUGUUUCUACCACUACGGCACGGCCUCCUGGAAGAUGUAGUAUCACAGAAUUUUCUUGUGCCCGAGGCCAUAACUGCAUUCCCAACUGGAAGCAGUGCGAUGGUCACCGAGAUUGUCGUGAUGGAUCAGAUGAACGCCACUGCCCUACCCAUGCUCCAUUGCUUUGCUCAAAUGGAACUGUAUGUGACAAUGGCGAGACAUGUGUAAGCCCACUGGAACAAUGUGAUGGAUUUCUGGACUGCGCUGAUAACAGUGAUGAGAAGAACUGCUCAAGUGACACUACAGUGUAUCAAAUACGUUAUCUUCAUUGGUCAGCUGAUUUCAGUGGUGCAGUGUCUUUAACGUGGAACAAGCCAGAGAAUAUAAGACCAGCAUGUGUCUACAUUGUAUCCUACAGUUUGGUAGGUGGGGAGUGGAAGCAUGUGGAAGUUGGCAAUAAAACUGCAGUUAUAAUAAAGGUUAUGAAACCUGACACGACCUACCAGGUGAAAGUGGAAGUGCAGUGCCUAAAUAAAGUCCACAAAGCUAACAAUACUGUCAUAAUCCGAACACCUGAGGGCUUCCCUGAUCCACCUCGAAAUCUCCAGUUAUCUUAUACUGAAGAGUAUACUAUAUUUGCCCGAUGGAGCCCCCCUAUCAAUGCACAUGGUCUGAUUCGGGAAUAUGUUGUGGAAUAUGCCCAAGGUGGAGUGGAAGAAUGGACUUCACUGGAAAGCCUUGAAUGCCAGAAAAAUAUCUCGAAUCUGGAGAUAAACACCUUGUACAGAGUCAGGGUUGCCGCUGUUACAGGUCGUGGGAUAGGCAACUGGAGUGAUUUGAAAACUAUCACCACACAGAAAGGAGAAGCUAUUCCACCACCAACUGUUCAAGUUAUAAGUUCAAAGGAAGACAUGGUUAUCCUGGAGCUGCAGUUAGAUGUUAAGUUUAAGGUGGUCAGUUAUGUGGUGGAUGUGUCGUGGGUGUUUGAUACCCAUAUAAAAGAAAAGAAAACAUUGACUCUUGAUGGAAGAAAGACUACUUUAUCUGUUGUCAAUUUAACUGCUGGAACAGAUUAUGAGUUUUCAACAUGGGCUAAAACACAGAAAGGAGAUAGCCCAGUAUAUAUUACACAUGCUAAAACGAAUGGAACGAUGCCAGCUGCUCCUAAACUUCAAGCAGUACCAAUCAAUCAGACUGCUGUGGACUGCAGUUGGAGGGGCCCAACUAAUGUGGUUUAUGGUGUUUUCUUUGCCACGUCGUUUUUGGAACUGUAUCGGAAUCCAAAUUAUGUUAAAUCAUCCAAGAACCAUCUCAUGGUGAUAGUGAACAGUGAUGAGCAGUAUCUAUUCUUGGUUCGUGUUGUUGUCCCAUAUAUGGGGCCACCAUCUGAAUAUGUUGCUGUUAAGAUGAUACCUGAUAACCGGCUGCCACCUCGCCGCUUGCACAUUGUGAAGGAGGACAAGACAUUUGUUGUAUUGAAAUGGCAGCCUCCAUAUGACCUGCUGAAUGAAAGCUUAACUUAUGUAAUUCUUGUAAAAGAUUCCAUUCGUCAAACUGAAAAAAGUUACAAGGUGGUCUCAAAGAACAACACAGUGGAAUAUAUCGUGAAGCAGCUGGAACCAGGUGGAAAGUACACUGUGGUCAUUAGACUGUUAAAUAUGAGCAAAGAAGCAACUGUGUCUCUUAACACAGUCCCUCUGUCGGCACCAGAGUCACUGAAAAUCAUACCAGAGAAAGACCACAUCCUGCUGUUCUGGAAGAACCUCAGAUUAAAAGAACGGAGCUUUAAUGACAGCAGGGGUUAUGAGAUCCACAUGUAUGAUCAUACGACUAAUACAACAGUGUGUCUUGGGAAUACAACAGAAAACAUCUUCAAGAUAUCUGAUCUGAAGACUGGCCACAACUACACUUUUACGGUACAAGCCAGAUGCUUGUACAAUGGAAAGAUUUGUGGUGAACCUGCUUCCCUGCUCUAUGAUGAACUUGGCAAUGCAGCAAACCCAUUACCUUCUAACAAUCCCAAGUCUACGGAUGUAGCAGCCAUCGUCGUCCCAGUCAUGUUCUUGCUCCUUGUGGUGCUGGGUAUUGGCUUUGCUGUGUUAUUUAUCCGACAUAGAAGGCUCCAGCACAGCUUUACAGCCUUUGCCAAUAGUCACUAUAAUUCUCGAUUAGGAUCUGCUGUGUUUUCUUCAGGUGAUGAGCUAGGUGAUGAUGAAGAUGCUCCCUUGAUUAAUGGUUUUUCAGAUGAUGUACCAAUGGUGAUUGCAUGAAGAUCUUGCUGCAAACAUGUGCUUCAAGAUUUCCAAGAAGUCUCAGCAGCAGGAGAAAACCUUUUUUAAAAAAAAAAAAAAAAAUGCACUUUUCCGAGCUACAAUACAUUAUUUUUAUAUGGACCAAAAUUUAGACUUUAUUGUGAUGCGCUGUGAUGUUUGGAUAAGAUUGCAAGGUGUGUGGUGCAACCCCAGUUUCUAACUAGGCUUUUGCACAGCUGUACUUGUGUUCCUUGUCUUCAGGCAACUGGUAUUUUUCAGGUUAUUUGCUUGGGGGAUAUUAUGGUUGCAGUCCCUCUUUCUGAUGGUCUAUAGAUUAGACUAACUUAUAAGUAGAAAAUUUAACCUUGAGGUCAAAUUUCCAAAUUAUUUUCCUUAAAUAGUCAUGUCUUAAAUAGUCAUGUGAUCAUGGUUUUUAAAAAUAAGUUAAUCAAAAGAUUGUAACACAAUUUAUCAUAAUAGCAUAUGAAAUAAUUUUGUUAAAUCAUGUUAUUGAAGCAUUACAUGUUGAAAAUAAUUUGUAGCAAAAAUCUGUUCAUAGUGAAAUUUCAUUUAGGCAGUGCAAUUAAUCCUUACACUAUUUACUUAUCACUCUUAAACUAUCCAUUGAUUAAAAUCAAAAAUAACAUGGGCAGAGAUUUGGAAUAAUGCAAUGUACUUUCUGUUAACAACAUAAUCAAGAAGUAUGCUUGUGUAAUAUACUUCAUUUCCCCUACAGUUUCAAUUUGUAUUAUAUUCAGAUAAUUACAAUUGUUUCAGUACUCUUGCAUAUUCCAGCAAGGUAGUUUCGCAAUAACUUUUAUUGUAUCAUAGAAUAGUAAACAGCAGGAAGUUAUUUGACCAAAGACUGUUCCAGCUUUUGAAAAGGCUUGUACAGUUAAUUUCAUUUGCACAUUCUUUGUUCCUAGCUCUGUACCUUUCCACCUUUAAGCAUUAAUCCAGUCCCUUUUUGAAAGUUUUUUUUAUUGAAUCUGCUUCCAUUUCCCUUUCAAGUAAUGAAUUCCAGAUCUUAACAACUAGCUGCUUUUUCAGGAAGAUUUUUUUUUAACCAGUUACUAGAACCAGUUACUGAAUAAAUAAAUGUGCUUAGGCACUGCAGUGUAUUUUCCCCCAAAGCAGGGUUAUACUCUUUUUUUUUUCCCCCAAGGUGAGCAUUUUUUUUUAGUUUAUAGUAUGCACCAGCCCCUGUUGCCUUUAAUUGGAAUAGUGUCAGAUGGUCUAAUCCUAAAAUUUUGUUUAAACAGUAAGAUUUAAUAUUCCCCAAACCAUUAUCCAUUAAGGAUUCCAGAUGUGUGCAUACUGAAAUACAUUAACAGUGUUGUACAUUUUCUCUUUCAUCUCUCUGCCAUUUCAGGUUCAGUCCCAAAACUACAUAGCUGCCAAUCUUUUUCCCCAUAAAGCUGAUGAGGUUGACUUUAAAAGAUUUCUGUUACCUGCUAGUAGAUGCAAGGGGAAUGGCAUUUCUUUGCAUAAUGAAUUUUGGUGGCUCUUUCACAAUUUUAAGGAAGUCAUAUUGGCAAGCCAGGAGCUUGCAUUUGAAGUGAUGUAUUGAACAAAUGCCUCUGCCUCAUUUGACUUGCACUGAAGUAGAGCUAUCUUCACUUUUUCAAAACCCAGCGUUAGUUUUGCUUUUGGAACUCAACUGGACUGUUUCUAUUUUAUAUUAAAAAAUAUGUAAUUUCCCACCAGAUCGCUUGUAAAUCAGAAUUUCAUAUAAAUGGGAUGAAUUGAAAUAACUGGAAAUGGGCAAAAAUGACUUUUUUUUGGUAAUGCCUUAUUGGUUAAUACUUUAUCAAAGAAAAUCUACUUUGCAACAAAAAAAAACGCCUUUUCUAUUUUUGGUUCUGACCAGUCUGCUGAUUUAUUUUCAGUAUUUCUUGUGUUAGUUUUGGAUUUUUUGUAUCUGCCACUUUUCUGUUUAAAAGAAACAUCUCAAGAAAAUGACCCAAGUGGUGCAUGCCAUGACUGCAUCAAUGUGCUUGCUAUUCACUUGGAACUCCGCAUUGUAAAUUAUAUUCAGCCUUAUAAUUGAUUUAUGCUUUUUAAUUCCCAUUUCUUAAGAAAAAUAAUUCUUAAAAGUUGUGUUAGAGAAUUGUUACAUUAGAUUAUGUUGAGGAACAAUGGACAGGGAAAACUUAACCACCCAUCAUUCAUAACAUCAGAGACUGUACUGUGAAGGAUAUUAAUGCAUGAAUGAUCACUUUGGGACCAAAGGAAUGACUUCAGAUUAGUAGUUUUAAAGUUCAUAUUACUGUGAUAUGAUGGUAGUUUGACCAUCUGAAAUAGAAUGCAUCUUCAGGUUGGAGCUUAGGAGGUUGCCAACAGCUGCAAGUUUUGCAUUGUUUCUGAUCAUGUUUUCAACAUAAGAUAAAAUUAUUUGUUCUUGCUAUUAUUAAAGAACAUGCUGAAUAGUUUGGUUCCCAGAUCUGGAAUAUACUGUAUAGCAAUUUCUGUGAAUAUCCUAAUUUACUGCACUAACUGGCGGCAGUUUUUAAAUACAAAUGUAAGAUACAGGAGUGCCUCUGUACUCCUUUGUACUAUUUAAUAAUAUCAUAGCUGAUUCAAAGCACUGUCAUUUGUAUCUUCAAGUCCAAGCUCUCUCACAUCAUGUUGUAAUUGAAUUCUUGUAUCAGUUAGGAGCAAAACAUCUGAUCUUAAAUUGGUCAAUUCUGUAGCAUACCUAAUGGUCGUGCAAUUUAAGAAAAGUUUUACAGAUCUUAAAAACUUUUAAUAUUGAUAUGUUCUUAAUUAUGUUUUUAGACAGAUUUCUGAAUCCCAGAUCUAAUAUCACUUUGAACCUGUAUGUAAUUCUACAUGUAAUUGUAUUUUGUGUAUUCAAUUUGGAAAUAGAUUCAAAUUGUGUUCUGAAGAAUAACUAAAUUUAUGGAUCUAAUAGUUGAGGGCUCGAUGAAAAUUUGCAAUUAGAUUUUUAAACUAUCUUAAAGCAAUUUAAAUAGUCUUAAUUAUUAAUUAACAUUUACACAACACUUUUCUGUAAAGAUGCCUGUUUUGACUGCAUAUUUGGUCAAAGUUUACUGAUGACAGAUAGUUUAAAGGAAUGUAAAAGCACAGUGUCUUAACACAGCUCUCCUUUUAUGUGAAAUAGGAACACUUCCUACUCAUGAUAGAUAUUUGUCUGCAUUGUAGUGGUGUGUUAAAUUACUAAAUAUGAAAGUUGUCCUGAACAAGAUUGAUAAUUACAAUAUGAUUGAGGAGUUUUUGAGUUUUGCCUGUAUAAACUAACAUCUAUGGGUAUAUUUCAAACUUUUAAAAAUGAAUUUAUAAAAAAUGUUGAAGUGUAUACUUGCAUCAUACAAACUUGUAGCCUUGUUUGAACUUGAUCAGAUCCUAUGUGAAAUUUUGUCAAAUGUGCAUGAAGGAAGUUUUUUUUUCUAGACAGACUGUUUUCCUGCCAUUCCAUGUUUCUAGUUGGAAAAUCCAUCAUAAUUCUUGGCAACCUGCUGUUUUGUGUUAGAGAAGUUUCACUCUAUGGUAGUUAUGUGAUGCAGUGUUGAAGUGAAGCCUUUCUUAAAACUGAUCAAAAAUUUUUGCAUUUUAUUUAAGUCACAUGAAUGUACUAUUUUACUGCUGGUUUGUAGGAAGGAAACAUCCAGCAGGGCUGCUUGAUUUUAAAAUAUGGUACUACUUUUUAAUUUUCCUGUGAUUUCAUUUAAUUUCUUGCCUUAAAAUUGGAGUGUUCUUUUCUGUGCAAGAUGAUGCUUAAAAGCCUUUAAAUCAUUCUGCCACAUCUGCCUUACUGAGUAAAUCUUGAGCGUUUUUUGUGCAUCAGCCUUUAAUAAUUUCUCCCACACCCCACAAUUAAACUGCACAUGUGCUCCAUUUUUCAUCAGCCAGUAACUUAGCAGGACAGUUUUGUAGUUUUAGUGUACUGCAUUUGCUUUGAAAAUAAAUUUGAUUGCUUCAACUUGUAGAGAAAUAAAUGCAUAUCAGAUUCCAAAGUUGCAGAUUGUACAAUGCACAGUGUACAAUAGUAGGUGUUUUGUAUAAAUGGAAAAUAUGUUUUUAAAAAAGUGUAAAUUUUGGGAAAAUAAUGCUGUGGAUCUAUUUUUUAUGUUUGGCAGUGAUUUAGAGAUCAUAGAAAGCACAGUAGACUGUUUGCAUGGGGGAGAGUACUUCUGUAUAUAGCAACAAUAUAAAUCAGGUUUCGCUUUUAUGUUCUGUGUUUUUAAAAAUAUAUUAUGAAACAUAUUUUGAAUUAAGCAUAGUUGUGCCAGAAAUAAUCAAAAUUAGUGGUACUAAAGAUGUUCAGGUUGAGAUUUUUCACACUGUCUUUUGGUUUUCAGGCUGUUGUGUUGUAAGACUUUGCACUAAUAGAAUAUUGGGCGAGUUGUAUGACAGAUCUGAUUCUUUAAUCAUCUAUUGCUGUACAAAUUUGGAAGGGGUGCAAUGUGAUUUAAAUGUAAAUUUAUUUCACUUAAUAAAUUUUACUUGGAU